GAUGGUUGAGAAAACAUAUUCACCACGGUCAAAACAAAACAACCUUGUCAUUUGUGUGUGCGUUUUGACCAUCGCUGAAAAUGGAACAGCACAGUGUAGUGGAGAGAGAAAGAAAGAGAGAGAAGAGUUGAUUCUCCUUCACACUCUCUGUGUUGCGUGUCGCUGCAGUUCCUGUUCCACUUAGGGGCAACGCAGUGUGUGUGCGCGUGUGUGUGAGUGUGAGAGAGAGAGAACACUCAACUUCUCUCCGAUCCCUUUGACCCUCCAUAUCCAUUUUUCUCACAGAAUGGCACACAUGCAACUUCUCACAGAUCUCUGAUUCUGGUUUUAUGGAUUUUUAAUUAAAAUUUGGUGACUUGGACAGAGUUGAUGGAGUGGAGCUAUAAGGGUGAUCAGAAUUGGUAUGAUCAAAAUUUGUGCCUUGACUAUACCAUUCCUGUGAAUUGAGGGCGUUGUGUGUAUUGAGGUUUUUUUUCUUGGAGUUAUAGGGUGUGUUGUAUGUACAUUGUGUACAGAGUGUAAAACUAUAUUCACAAGCAAUUGGAUAUACUAUGGGUGGUAUUUGCUCGAGGUCAUGGAAAGCUACUGUAGAUGGUGUAGCUGUAGAUAAUGCACUUAGUGGAAGCUCUAGGCAUGCUAAUGGGCAUGCUAAUGAUGAACAUGGAAUGGCUUAUCAGUCUAUUGGACUUCCCAGAAGUAUAGAUAACAACAGUUCAAAUGUGCUUCCUGAUGAUGAUGAUGACUUGGAUAAGCAUCAAAGAGAGUCGUUUUCGUUUACCGGACUGGAAAAUGUUUCGUAUGGGUUGAGUGCGGAUGAUAUCAAUGAUGGGAUUCCUCACCUGUCCAGGGCUUUAUCUCAUAAAUCUAAGUCCAAGCAAGCUGCUGUUAAGGUAUCCGAAGUGAGUUCACUUUUGGGAAGAGCUGGUACAGCUGGGCUUGGCAAGGCAGUAGAAGUUUUGGACACACUAGGCAGUAGUAUGACAAAUUUGAAUCUCAGUAGUGGUUUUACAUCGAGUGUGACAACAAAAGGAAAUAAAAUUUCAAUUUUGGCCUUUGAAGUUGCAAACACAAUUGUUAAGGGUGCCAAUCUGAUGCAAUCUCUUUCAAAAGAGAACAUCAGACAUUUAAAAGAGGUGGUUCUACCAUCUGAAGGAGUGCAAAAUUUGAUAUCCAGAGAUAUGGAUGAACUCAUAAGAAUUGCUGCAGCCGACAAGAGAGAAGAAUUGAAAAUAUUUUCUGGUGAAGUUGUGAGAUUUGGAAAUCGGUGCAAAGAUCCUCAAUGGCAUAACCUGGAUCGCUAUUUUGAGAAGUUAGGUUCAGAGCUUACGCCACAAAAACAAUUGAAAGAAGAGGCAGAGAUGGUGAUGCAACAACUAAUGACCUUUGUUCAAUAUACAGCUGAAUUAUAUCAUGAAUUGCAUGCCUUAGACAGAUUUGAUCAAGAUUAUCGGCGCAAACUUCAAGAAGAGGACAAUUCAAAUGCCACACAAAGAGGAGAUAGCCUUGCAAUUUUAAGAGCAGAACUGAAGAGUCAAAAGAAGCAUGUAAGGAAUUUGAAGAAAAAAUCACUUUGGUCCAAGAUUUUGGAAGAGGUGAUGGAAAAGCUUGUAGACAUUGUUCAUUUUCUAUACUUGGAGAUACAUGAAGCAUUUGGUAGUUCUGACACUGAUAAGCAAGUUAAAGAUUCUCAAGGCAACCAUAAUAAGUUGGGGUCUGCUGGCCUUGCUUUGCAUUAUGCAAACAUCAUCACUCAAAUUGAUACUCUUGUGUCUCGAUCGAGUUCUGUGCCUCCUAAUACAAGGGAUGCCUUAUAUCAAGGGCUUCCACCUAAUGUAAAAUCAGCAUUGCGCUCAAGGCUACAGUCAUUUCAGGUUAAAGAAGAGCUUACUGUGCCACAAAUCAAAGCUGAAAUGGAGAAAAUAUUGCAGUGGCUUGUCCCUAUUGCCGCCAACACAACGAAAGCUCACCAUGGCUUUGGAUGGGUUGGAGAAUGGGCCAAUACAGGGUCUGAGGUCAACCGUAAACCCGCUGGACAGACCGACUUGUUGCGAAUCGAAACACUACACCAUGCCGAUAAAGACAAAACAGAAUCUUAUAUUCUUGAACUGGUUAUCUGGCUCCAUCAUCUUGUCAGCCAAGUAAGAGUUGGUAAUGGAGGAAUAAGGUCCCCAGUCAAAUCCCCAAUCCGUUCUCCCACCCAAAAGACAGGGCAGUUGUUUACACACAAAGCCUGUUCUUCUCCCAUGUUAACAGUUGAAGAUCAACAAAUGCUUCGCGAUGUCGGCAAGAGGAAACUGACACCUGGCAUUAGCAAGAGCCAAGAAUUUGACACUGACAAGACCAAGACCAGGUUGAGUAAACACCACAGGCUGAGCAAGAGUAGUAGUCAUUCCCCAAUCAGUGAAAGCAAAAAUGAUAUAUUCUCUACAAGGAGGCUACCAUCUGGUCCUGUCAUUGAUUUUGAUAUAGACAGAAUGAAGGCCUUGGAUGUCAUUGAUAGGGUGGAUACCAUUGGAAGUUCAUAGUUGUGCGGCAUAUCUUGAUCUUUAAGCCAAGGGGGAAUGCUACAAUUAAAUGUUGCCUUCUUCAACUUAGGUGCCCCCCUAGUUUCCUGUGAGCUGUGAGAAAUGUUUGUUGAAUUCCUAGGCAAGCGUGAUAUGAUGUGAAAGCCAUAGUCUUUUUGAGAUUGUUGUAGAUGAUUAUGGGACGGGGACAAAGGGGGUCACCGUUUUCAUUAGAUGUAUAUGUACAGAUUACAUAAUCAUAUAAUAAUUGUUCGUCUAUAUAUUUUCUCCUCUCUUAA